AUGGAAGAACGACAUGAGGCGGCACCGUCCUCGCGGUCCUCGUCCUCGGCGUGUAUCCGCUUCGAUGUACGCAACAUCUCGUUUCGCGCGCCCCUGGCGGUGUCCUGUGACGCUGAGGCCACCAUCCUAACGCUCAAGCAUCGUAUCGCCGAAGCAGUGCGCAACACACGCGACGCUGAGCAUGGCUGGCCACGCCCUGAAGGUAUCCGCUGUAUAUGGCGCGGUACAAUGGUCGCUGAUGAUACAGUGCUGCAUGCACUACGUGCCGACGAGCCUGUGGUCAUGCACAUUGUCGUGGCCCCCGAUAUGUGGGAAGCGUACGAAGACCCUGUGCCACCACCGCUCACGCAUUCGCCAGAGGCGGCACCACCGCCCGCCCCAUCAGCAGAGGCCAGAGAGCCAGAGCCAGAGCCAAAGGCAGGGUCUGCCGACGAGGCAGAGACCGAUGAGGCAUGGCGUACGUACUUCGAGAUGCUUGCGCCCGAACAUGUGGAAGCCACAGCACAUGCCCUGUACAUCACCAGCCGGUGCUACCACAUGUACUAUGAAAAACUCGCUGAGACGUGCCAGGGAACUAUGCCGCCCAUGCCUCUACUACUUGUGCCGCCAGGCAUCGACUUUGCCCCCGCUCAGGCCUUGUGGGCCGAUGCAUCGAUCUGCCGCGAUACUGUCGAGAUGGUCGAGCGCCAGAUCAUGCAAUGGAAGCCGAUGAAGGAGCUCAGUGCGGAGGCCCAGCAGGCCUCUGCAGCCAGUCCUGUUGCGUGGACGUACGAGCCGGUCGAGGUGGACGGGCUGCCGUACCUGCUUCGAACUCCCUCUGACAUGUCUACAAACGCUGGGCUGACACUGACUAUGCACCUGGUGGAACGCACGACAACGCUGAUGGAGGCCCUGAUGCUGUUGGCACAAGCACACGAUCAUUAUACAUGGUCGCUCGCGAUGCCUCGGCCGUCGAGUUCCCCACCACGGUGGGGCCGAGAGGAUUGGCUUUCAUUGGUAUACAUGUACUUCCAUCUGCUAUGGCGCAUAGGUAUAGCCCUGCUGCUCUUCUGGCCGCAUCAUUCGCGUAUGCAGCAAGGGCUCGUGAUCGCUGCAACAGUGGCCUACCUUGUAUUUCGUGGAUACCGCCACAUGCAAGAGCGAGGACGGCCACCGUCGACGACCACUACGUCGACGACCCCAGCCGAGGCCAUGGCGUCCACUACCACAGCCAACGAGGCCACGUCGUCGUCGUCUUCGGCAUGGACUUUGGAAUUGCCGCGCCUGCCGUAUCGGACCCCAGCGCAGGGACACUGGCAUGUGGAGUCGUGGAUGCAGCGCAUCGCAUGGUUGGGCCUCGAAGAGGAAGAACGGGCCAUGGGCUUUGGCCAUACUGCGCCCCAGACGCCGCCGCGCAUCGUAUGGGAGACGUGUGCCUGGCCCCAUACGCACGCUAUAGAGCCACGGCCCGUAUGGCAUAGGCAGGCAGUGAUGCGGUGGGUGCUCUGGCCAGUAUUGCUAUGCCUCAUGUCGGUCAUCCCGCACAUCGAAGAACUUCGUUCAGAUGCCUUGUCGAUGCGGCGCGAAGCCAUCACAGCGCUCGCGAAGAAAUGGGAACGUUUGCGCGAGGCGUAUGAAGCGGCAGAACGUCCCGUUCCACCGCCCCCUGCCUUGCUGCAGCACCCUGUAUCACGCAUGAUUCUAGCUCAAGCGCCCUCGUCUUCUUAA